AUGCUUGAGCGAGAUGCUGCUACUGCUCCAAAUGUCGGCGAUAGUGUACCUUAUGUCAUUAUUAAAGCUGCAAAAGGUGCCAAGGCUUAUGAGAAGUCGGAGGAUCCUAUUUACGUGCUAGAAAAUAGUAUACCUAUAGACCCUCAAUACUACCUUGAAAAUCAAAUAAGCAAGCCACGUUUAAGAAUUUUUGAGCCCAUUUUGAAGAAUGCCAGUAAGGAACUUCUUCAAGGAAGUCACACAAGAUCUAUCUCCAUCUCAACUCCUUCAAACAGUGGCAUAAUGAAAUUUGCUAAGAAGCAACUUAGUUGCAUUGGCUGCAAGGCUCUAAUCAGCAAUUCUGAUCGAACUCUCUGUUCACAUUGCAAAGGAAGAGAAGCUGAACUCUAUUGCAAAACUGUAGCAAAUGUGUCCGACUUAGAGAAGCUUUUUGGGAGGCUGUGGACGCAAUGGACGCAAUGCCAGGAGUGUCAAGGUUCUCUUCAUCAGGAUGUGUUGUGAACUAGCCGGGACUGUCCGAUAUUUUACUGGAG